GACAGGACUGCCAGCACUAUUGUCAAAAACAUUUGACCGCAGCAUAGUACUCAGUUGACAGCUUGGUAGAGGAAACAGAGUUACUCAGACCCAGUCCCAGACCGUAAUGGUUAGUAUUGGGACGAGCUGAAUGAACGUGGUCUGAGCUACAGGACCAGAGGAGAAAAUAAGUCCCUGGAGUAACAAGGCUGCGGAGACCAUCACAAAGUUGAGUGACACAGCCCUGCUAUGGGUGCUAAACAAGAGAAAAUGUACUGCACCAGGUACUUGGAUGGUCAGGGACCCCCAGCACUGAUAGACCAAGCUAAUGGGGAUGUGAAGGGGAGCUAUGCUGGGGUGUCAGAGGGCAGCCAGCCAGAGGGACAGAUGACAUGGGUCAUUCUACACAGAGACCUCCCUGGUUACCCAGGGGACAACACCAUACAGAUCAAUUAUGUUUUUGCAGAUGGAAUACAAACAGACAAGCAUCCCAAUCCAGGGCAGACAUUUUUGGGAAUGAGGACAUUGGCGUAUUUGCCCGACAACCGCGAUGGAAGGAGGAUCCUGGGGCUAUUGGAUAAGGCCUUCUACCAGAGGCUGGUCUUUACUGUAGCAACCAAUGAGAAUGGAGAGGAUAUGGUCACAUGGGCAGAUAUACCCCAUAAAACAACCCCUGACGCAGGAAAAGACAGUCACAGCUAUCCAGACCCGGACUACCUGAAAACAGCGAGGAAAAUACUGAAAGACAAAGGCAUCGAAUGAGAGGCGACGAAGAUCCAAUCAACCUCAGUUAUCAACACUGUCAACGUCAACAGUAAUGUCUGAAAGGUGCUGAAUGCUCUGUCGUAGCCUACUACAGGUCCCGGUGUACAAUUAUUUUAGACCUCUACAGCAGGAUUAUGUACAAGUUUAUUAGCUGCUGUAUCAUAUCGUGUCGGUUUUGUUUCUUGAAAGCUUUGAUAAUAUAUUCAUAUUUUAGACUACAGGGUCCUUAUGUGCAGAAUGUACAAUAAAUAGCUGUUUGCUGUACACUC